AGCUUUAGAGUGAGUCAACAUGCUCUUACAUCAGCAGGCAGCUCAUCUGAUCCCUGACUUGUUGCAAGACACAAGCUGGGUUUUUCAGGAAAGCUCAGCUCCCUUUUAGCUCCCCGAAGGCUGCACACACAGAGGUGUGCAGGCAGCUGUGCGCUCUCCACCAGAAGGCCAGACUGGUCAGCCUUUGUCCAGAAGCUGUGUAGCUGUGUUAACAUAACACUGUGCCCAAUUCAGUGAGCCUCAGCAUCGCUUUUUUUCCUUGGUGCCUAAAUGGCAGCUGAACUCUUCUAACAAUCUGACCCACUCCCAUUUUAAAAUAGAAGGUAAUAAAGGGUGGAGUUUGUUUAGCGUGCUGAGCUCCAGCUCUGGGGAAAGUCCAAGCAGCAGCUAGAGUGAUUUCUUUCACUGUUUUCCUAGAAUAUUUUAAUGUACCCAAUUUAAAAGCCAAUAAAUUGUCUUCACCACAAGAUGCAGUCCUCCUCCUGGCCAUUUUCACAUUUAUUCAUAUAUUGUAUGGCUCAUAAAUCCACCCACGUCCCAGAACAGCAUUAAACUUCUACGGCCUGAUGCUGAGAUGGACAGAAUACCUGCAAGUUUUGUUCCUGUCCAUGGAGAUAGGAUUUUAAAUCUCCCCAAAUCAAUACCUUAAAGAGUUCAGACUUCUGCAAUGAUGUUGAUGGGAACAUUAAAAUCUGUGUUGAAAGAUGACACUGCAAUCCUGCAAACUUAAGCUGACUGGUUUUUUUGUUGGAUGUGGUGUUCUUUGUAAUAGACUAUGGAGCAAAUAGUAUAAGAAGCAGUUUUUACAGUUUGUUUUAAAUAUAAGUAAGCUUACUUCUCCUUUCACCCAUGUCUUCCUUCAGGCUUUUUUAUUGCUUUAUGAUAAAAUCUGCAAAAACAGGAAUUGUAUAUGGUUUUCCCUUCUUAAAGUUUCAGGUGCAAAUAUCUAAGCGCAUGCUUUUACAGAUCUCCUGUUUCUUUUGUAUGUUUGAAUACUAAAGACAGACCUGUCUUACUUCAAACCCAAUUGACGGUUUUGCCUGACCUCAAGAUUUUAUUUGUGGCACUAACUGGGCACCUUCAUAACAGUCUUAGAGACUGUUGAAAAGAGAGGCCAGACUGGGCCUUUGAACUUUGGCAACUGAACUCAAAGUUAUGGAGUUCGGAGGAAGUUUGGGACAAAUUAGUGGGACAAAAGGUGAAAACACAUGUUAACGGCUGCCCAUUCUGCACAGUGUCCUCUGCAUGAGACCACCUUCUGUUGGUCCUGUACCUAUCAUUACUGCCAUAUUCAUACACAAUAAACACAAACAUACAUGUUGUGCUUUAGUCUUCCUACCUGUAGUUCAGCAAGACUGAACCAGGCUAGUAUUUGGAUAGGAGACCUUCCAGGAGAGUUUACUUGCUGUUGGAAAUAGUGUUCACUUACUGAGUGUUUUUUUUGCCAUAUUGCCAAUACUGAAUACAAUAUUUUGCCAAUACUGAAGUCAGUCUUGUCUGGUUCUGGGGAUGAUGAGUUGUAGAAAUUCCAGCUUUGAAUGGAAUAAAAGCAAGUUCUUGAGCAUUUUUGGUCAUGAUGGAACUUUUGGCAAUUUACUGCAGAGUAGGAGAGUAUCCUGGCCAAAUUCCAACCUGGGUGAUUACAUUCAGCUGACUGAAAAUGAACAGUGGCAAUUGCUGCAUUUCACUGUUGGGCAAAGUGAUUUCCACACGUGGGCUUAAAUUUGUAAAGUGACUUAGGGUAAAGCAGAAUGAAAAGAACUUACAGAAAUGUCCCUUUAACCCUAAUUCUUGGAGGCCUUGUGAGGCUUGUCAGUCUGCUGUCACGUUUCUCUAAAUGCCAGUGAUCCAGCUGCUGGAGCAUUGCUUGGAAUGGCUGUACCACAUCACAGGAUGGUCUUCAGAACAGUGGUGCUUUUUAUAAUGUGCAUACACAUUCCCACACAUCAAGCAAGGAAACACAGAAUGGCAGAGAAAGAGAUAAUAAAAGAACAUUCAAAGUUUUCUGUUAGAAAUUAAAAUACUGUGACACUGCUGUUCAGGCUGAUCCGUGGUUGGUGUUUUGUUUUCAAAAAGGCUAAGUGGUCCUUUGAUUCAAAAAGGUAGAGAAACACUGAUGUAAGAUAUAGAAGGCAACAUGGAAGUGUGUUUCCUGUUAUAUAUGUACCCCAAUGUAUAACAUUUUUUUUUCUCUCCCUGACUUUUCCUACUUUAUUUUGUACCCAGAUUUUCUUGCUCCUGUCUGAAACAUGCCUUAUAACUUUACAAGUUUUCAGAAGACUGCUGUGUUUCACUGGGAUAGGAAUAUUGCAUCUGCUUCAUAGCAGGAGGAUGUUAUAUGUAUUACAGCUUAAUUCUGUUCUACUUUAAACCUAGAUAAAGAAUGAAGACUGUCUGUACCAUUUUGAUUACCUCUUCUAGGGUUCAAAGAGAGAAUCAUUUCCCCUGACCUUCAUUUGCUAAUGGCUCAGCUUGAUCUAACUGGUAUACAGAUAAACUUGCUGUUAAACAAAAAUUCCAAUAGGAAGAACCACCUCAAUGUCCAAAAUUCCUUUGCCCCUGCUGGUAUUGGUGGCUCUCUGUAACCAUCUAAAAGCUGAACUACACAAAGGCACGAGAGCUAUUAACAAGAAGCUUGUAUAUGAAUGGACAAUGCUGCCAUCCUCUUGAGAGAUGAGACGAAGGACCCUUCACAAUGACAGCUCUUCAAGUUCCAAAUAUGACAGUCGUGCAUAUGGAGUUUCAUGCUUUGUCUCCAGAGUGAUCUUCGUUCUUGUUAAGCUAAUUUCACCUCUUGUCACAAGUUUUGCUUUUGGGAUUUAGACCAUCAUUAGCCACGGAACUCCUGUGUAAAUCACUUUUUUUUUCUUUUUUUCCCCUAUUCUACACAAAGACUGUUAAUAUGACUGUUAGCGGAAUAAGCAAAGCCAAUAUUCACAGGGUUUAACUUUGUACCAAUAGCACCUUUUGCCCCAGAAUGCCUUACAAACACCAUACAGCACGCAUGUCCCAGUGCACAACUUGUCAUGAAAUUUCUGUUCACUUAGGCACCACCUUAGUUUCCCAAGCUGACUUUUAGGGACAUUUCAGCACAUAGCAUCUCAUACAAUAAGUCAGAUGCCACCCAGAGGUGCCUUUCAGGUCUGAGAGCUUUCUCCGUGAAUGUAUUCAGAGCUAAAGAGACCAUGCAUGCAUCCUGCGGGUUGAUGCCAUCCACCUAACGGGAGCAUCCUGAAGUGACUGAGGGAUGGCAGAAGGAGGGCACGCUGGCGCUCCUCCUGUCCGACUGUGGGUGCGACGUGUAGGUGUUUACUGCGAUGAGCACCGCAAAACGUGGCUUGUGGCUGCAGAAGAGGAGGAAGGUAUGCUGAGGGCUCGGAUCCAAAGAGUUCAGGUUCCCCUGGGUGAGGCGCUGCGACCCAGCCAGCUCCCCCCAUCCCGGCUGCCUCAUAUGUGGCAGCUGUCCCAGGGUGAGCAGUACAGGGAUAGUAACUCUCGCGUUUGGGAGAUAGAGCACCAUCUCAUGCUUGGUGGUGUUGAAGAACUGCUGCUUAAACUCGUGCCUGGUGAUUAAUCUGGAGCAGUGGCUCUAGGAAGAUGUCAUUGUGUAUUUUGUACAAUAAAUUAUUCUCUCUCCACUGAAAUGCAGCCACCUCUGAGGUGGAAG